UAAAGAUGUUGGCCUCUCAACCAAUAAGGCUAAUGAACACUACUUUCAGUAUCAGUACUAUAUAUAAAAUGCUCCCAUCAUUCCUCUCUUUUUCAUUAAGUUAAAUUACUCAUCAAUCAACUUCUGAAAUCAAAAAAAGGAUGGCCAAUUCAGGUUUUCUUUUGACAUGUUCCUUGGUCGUUUUGGUGAUCAAUGUAGUCAAUGGGCAGCCUCUUGUUCCUGCACUGAUCUUAUUUGGUGAUUCUUCGACCGAUGUGGGAAACAAUAACUAUCUAGAAACCUUGAUCAAGGCUAACUUCCUCCCUUAUGGAAGAGACUUUAUCAACCAUGAACCAACUGGAAGGUUCUGCAAUGGAAAACUUGCCACAGAUUUUACUGCUGAGAACUUAGGUUUCACUGCUUAUCCGAAGCCUUACCUAAGUAAAGAGGCUAAAACACCAAGUAACAUGUUGCUUGGAGCUAACUUUGCUUCAGCAGGCUCUGGUUAUUAUGACCCGACAGCAAAAUUAUACAAUACUCUUCCAUUAAGUAAGCAAUUGGAGCUCUACAAGGACUACCAACAGAGGCUAGUUGCGCUUGUCGGGAAAGUUAAUGCAUCAGCUACCAUAAAUGGUUCAAUCCAUUUUAUCAGUGAUGGAAGCAGUGACUUUGUACAGAACUACUACGUUAAUCCUCUCCUCUACAAGAAAUACACGACGGAUCAAUUUUCCGACAUUCUCAUCCAAAUCUUUGCAAACUUUGUUCAGGAGCUAUACAAAUUGGGAGCAAGAAAGAUUGGAGUAACAACAUUGCCACCAAUCGGAUGCCUCCCUGCUUCCAUAACUCUGUUCAGUGAGGAUACCAACAAAUGCGUCGAUAAGAUGAAUCAGGCAGCAGUUGCAUUCAACAAGAAGCUCAAUGCGACGUCCCAAAGCUUGCAAGCGAAGCUCUCAAAUCUCACCGUUGUUGUCUUGGACAUCUAUCAACCACUUCUAGACCUUGUCAAUAAACCUAUAGAAAAUGGAUUCUUUGAAGCAAGGAAGGCGUGUUGCGGAUCAGGGUUGCUGGAGACGUCAUUUCUGUGCAAUUCAAAGUCACCAGGGACAUGUGCAAAUGCAUCAGAAUAUGUAUUCUGGGAUGGAUUUCAUCCAACUGAAGCUGCAAAUCUUGUUUUAUCCAAUGACUUGCUUGCCAGUGGCCUUAAUCUCAUCUGAUCUUAUUUCUUCUCAUACUACACCAACUAUCGUUUCGAAGCCAAGAAGAAACAAAAAAGAUUGUUGAUUUAUGGUUUGAUACUUUUCUUUUUUUUUUUUCUCACGAGUGUAUUAUUGAUAUGAAUAUUGUAUCUUUCAAGUUAGUUAUACGAGAGCCAGUGAGGUAAAGCUGUUUAAUGGUAUUACCAUUUCUUUUAAGAAAAUUUUAUUGAAUAUGUUUAAACUUGCUAGAAAUCGGCCAGUCUUGAUUGACACAAAGAAAAACUUGGUGUCAAAGACCAAAUGACAACAUCCGAAACAUGGCGUGA